AUGUUAAAAAAAAUUAGUGAUUAUUUAGGAGUAAAAAUUCACGUACAAAUUGUGGACGAACCUUUAGAAGAUGAAGGUCAAGUAUUACAAGAAAUCGGCAAUUAUAAAAAUAUUAACAAUAAUGAUUUGCUCCUGGAAAUAGUUCGCCGCAAUACUUGGAACGCAACUAACGAGUUCAAAAAUAAUACUCUUUGCCUGGUGAAUGAAAAUAUAACAGCUGUUGAGUUAGGAGAAAUCAUUGGCAAACCAAAAAAAAGUGAAAUAAACUUUAGCCAAAUCAUUCAGGAAUACCUAGAAAAAAGUGAACAAAAAGGGCAAGAGAUUGCUCGUCCUCCUAUUGUCAGCAUUAUGGGGCAUAUCGACCACGGCAAAACCACUCUGUUGGAUACUAUUCGCCAGACCCAAGUUCAAAAAAAAGAGGCGGGAGGAAUAACCCAAAAAGUUACUGUUUCUCAAUGCCAAUUUCACGGGCAAAAAAUUACUUUUUUAGACACGCCGGGGCAUAGUGAUUUUAUUAAAAUGCGGCAGCGAGGAAUUUCUUUGACUGACCUGGUAAUAUUAGUAAUUGAUGCCAAGGAUGGUGUAAUGUCGCAAACUUCCGAAAUUAUUGAUUAUCUACACCAGUACAAUUUACCAAUAAUCGUUUUUAUUAACCACAAAAAGCCAGCUGAAACCGAUAACGAAACCAACUUGAAUAGAAUUAGAACGCAACUACAAGAAAAAGGCUUAACCCCCCUCGAAUGGGGAGGAGAAAUAAUAAUGAUUUCCGUUCUGACAGCUGAUAGUCAAAACAGCCUGGAAGCCCUGAUUGAACUGAUAAAAAAACAAACUACCUCCGAUUUCAAUUUUUCCAUCAUUUAUGCCACAGUCGGAAAUUUAAAUAAUUUUGCCCUUGAUUUAACCAAAGUUACCAAUAGUACAGUUCUAACUUUUGGUCUCCUCUCCCCAAUUCAGAUAAAAACUUUGAAAGAAAAUAAUAUCCCUUUUUUCAGCAGUAAAAUUAUCUAUGAAAUUAGUGAAAAGUUAGACGAAAUUAUUAGUAGUCAACAAGAGGUAGAAGAAGUGGAAGAGGUAGUGGGAACAGCACUAGUAAGAGUAGUUUUUGAAUUUUCCAAAGGCAACAUUGCGGGCUGCCAAGUAGUCAGUGGCAAAAUUAGCCGUAAUAAACGGGUUUAUGUUCUGCAAGGAAAGGAAGAAAAGAAAGUUUUUGUCGGCGAAAUUAAAAGUUUAGAAAGUAAAAACGAAAGCAAAGCCGAGGUAAUAAGCGGUCAAGAAUGCGGAAUUGUUCUGAAAGGAUUUGAUAAAUUUCAAGAAGGAGAUAAAAUAGUAGCUUUUCAGUUAGUAAAAAAAAAUGUUUCCUAA